UAUAAAUAACUCGAAAGAUGGCAACUAAUCCUGUAUUCCACCCGAAACAUUCGAUUCGGGUCUUUCCAGCGCGUUGUGAAACUUGUGUGUCCCAGCAAUGAUAAAACAUCUACUACCGUUGCUACUAUGCGCGGGAUUGGCAGCGGCCACCAUCAGCAGCUUUUGUCCGGCCGAGGGAAUCCGAAGGUUUUCGCUGCCACGGUUGACUACCCGGUUCGUGCAGUGUACCGAUGGAAUACCAACCCUGAACGAAUGUGAACCAGGAACCGUGUUUGAUAGCAGACUGGAAUUGUGCGCCGUCCCGGUGGUGGAGACCGCAGCGGCUGCGACUGACGACAGUAGCGGCCGAAUCGUCGAAUGUCCGGACGACUAUGAUCCGGAACGGGCGACCUAUAUUCGUCAUCCGACGCUGUGUGAUGUGUAUUUUAUUUGCGUAGGAGGAAUAGCGCAUCAGCAGAACUGUCCACCGGGGACCUAUUUCAAUUCGGAACUGAAGGUUUGUGAUCUGCCGGAGAAGGUCGAUUGUGCGAUUCAUAAUUAAAUGGUGUCUGUUACUGAUUUUUUUAUUUAUACAUGAUUAA